CAAACUGAAUUGCCUAGCCUCUUGGUGAGUGUUCUUCAUAUUUCUCACUUUAUAUAUAAUACAUAUUUAUUCAUGUUAAUUAUUAUUUUUUUCUCUUAUAGGUCUAGUAAUUUUUUAUGCAAAUUAUUUUGACAAACAUAUCGCAGUGUUUAUAUUUACAUAUAUUGACGUGUAAUGAACAAUCUUGAAGGCAAGCAUUUGGUCACAUCGCGGGAUGAUUAUAGUCCGAAGCAAGAUAAUUCCAUCGCCACUAAAGAUGGAAGGCAAGAUCAUUCACCACACAAUAAAGAUAAAAUAAAAGUUGAGAAAAUAUUGAAUCCAUGGGCAGCAUACUCGCGACUAUGGAAUAAGAUAUUCUUGGCUUCAUGUGUAAUUGGAGUCUCAAUCGAUCCAUUGUUCCUUUACAUUCCAAUUGUAAACGAGGAACAAAAGUGCAUUGAUAGAGACUUCAAAAUGGAGAUCAUAUCUCUUGUUUUACGAUCUCUUACUGAUUUAUUUUAUGUUUUACAUAUUAUUUUUCGGCUGAAAACUGCACUAGCCAUGUCCAAGGAAUUUGGUCUAUCCAUUUUCACAGGAUUUCCUUGGUCUUAUCUUCUAAUCGAUGUUUUAGCCAUCCUUCCUCUCCCUCAGAUGGUAGUUUUAGUGUACUUCUCCAAGCUUUCGGGAUCAAAAUCUUUGGUUGCAAGAAAGUUCAUCAACUCAUUACUUAUUCUCCAAUACCUACCUCGGAUUCUUCGUGUGUACUUAUCAGCCAAAGAGCUAGGAAGUACUUUUGACUCACUUACUCGACGUGUAUCAGUUAGAGGUGCCUUCUUCUUUUUCCUCUACAUCAUUUUUGGUCAUGUGUUUGGGGCCUUUUGGUACUUCUAUUCGAUUUUUCAUGAGUCACGUUGCUGGCAUCUUGCCUGUAAGAAACUAACACCACAAGAAUGUAUUCCUGGUCCUUUUGAUUGUCACAGCAGACAUCCCAUGAAGAAUUUCACAAAGCUGAAUCAAUAUUGCCCCGUUAAUCCACCAAAUACUGACAUAUUCGAUUUUGGAAUAUUUUCUCAAGCCAUUGAGUCUCGCAUAGUCUGCAAAACAGAUUUUACCAAAAAGUUCUUUCGUAGUUUUUGGUGGGGUUUGAGAAAUUUGAGUUCUUUCGGUCAAAACCUUGACACAACUAGCAAUGUACAAGAGAACGUGUUCGCAAUUGUCAUUUCUAUCUUGGGUUUACUUCUAUUUUUAUAUCUUAUUGGAAAUUUGCAGUUUGCAGCUUGGGCAUCUAAAAUACUGGGUAUGAAAAAAUAUGACUCGAACACAACAAAACAAAAGGCGGAGUUGUGGAUAUCAAAAAAUGAAAUUUCUGAGGAUGUAACACCAAAGAUUAAGAAAUUCAUACAGUUGAGACUUCAAGAAGGAAAAGACGUAGAUAAUAUCAACCUUUUGCAUGUACUUCCAUUUUCAUUGGCAAUGUUGAUUAAGAAACACAUGUGUUUUCCUAUAUUAAGAAAGGUUCCACAGUUUCAAAACAUGGAUGAAUUUGUACAUGAAACAAUCUGCAAAUAUCUAAAGCCAGUCACAUAUUCAGAGAAAAGUUAUAUCAUUCGGAAAGGAGAGCCACUGGAUAUGAUGCUCUUCAUAACACAAGGUGUUGUGUGGAGCUUCGGAAGUAGUACUAGUCCGAUGAAUGGUCUUCAAAAAGGAGACUUUUUUGGAAAUGAACUCGUAGAAUGGCAGUUAAACUCAACAUCCUAUAAUGACUUUCCAAUCUCUACUGCUAAUUUCAAGUCUCAUACCAAUGUUGAAGCCUUUGCUCUAAUGGCAAUUGACUUGAAGCAUGCACUCUCCCAUUGCUGGCCCAAGUUCUCUAAAUACUACUUAACCAGUGAUGAAUCCAUGCCUGAGGGCUUGAAAUAUUUUGCAGCUACUUCUGUGCAACGAGAAUUCCGAUGUUACAUGAUGAAUAAAAAGGAACAAGAUAAGUUCACCAUACGUACUGUUUACUGACAAUGUCGUUUGGCUAAUUAUAUUAGCUUAUAUAUAUAUACGGUCUUAGAAAACUUCUACUUAUUCUUUAUAUAUAUAGCAUUUGCCUUGGUGUGUAGCUUUCUUUUCUUUUUAUUGUGAUGAGGGCAUCGAAUAAUAUAAUUUAUAUGGAGCUUUUGUCGGAAGAAUUUUGUUGGUAUAUUUAAGCAACUUGCAUUUUCAGAACGAAGAGAAGAAGAGUGGAAACAUUUAGAGGAGAUUGGUCGAAAUAUUGCAAGGAAGAGCAAAGGGUUGCCUCUUGUAGCAAAAACACUAGGAAGUCUUAUGCGUUUUAAGAAGACUAAAACUCAAUGGGAGGAAGUACUAUACAACGAAUUGUGGAAAACAAAAGAUGUUGAAGAAAUCUUUACUCCAUUCCUUAUAAGCAAGCUGUUUUGAUUUGUCAACUAUAGAAAGGUGUUGUUUCUCAUACUGUGCUGUAUUUCCAAAAGAUGAUUGUGAAACCUGAGAUUUUUCUCAGGUUGGAAAAGUCAAAAAGGGCAGGAAUAAAGAAAAAAAAAUAAUUUAAUUAUAUAUAUUCAGUUUUUUUUUAUUUUCUUUUUCUCUCUCUCUCCCCGACACUCUCCUCUUCUUCUUCUUCUCUCGGCAUUCCAAGGCAAGGCUCCAGACCCAGCCACCACCGGCCACCAUUUUUGAUGCGCAGCAGCUCAUCGGUUUUGCCUUACUCCGGCGACCUCAAAUGCCAAGCGGCACUGCCGAACUCGCCGUCAAUCAUUUGGAAUCGCCAGUCAAAGUUUUGGUUCGUCAUGUUUGACUAUGUUUUUCAGCCAACUCCGACCACCUCUUGACGAGUGGUUGAUACCCUUGGAACCAGCGUGGAGAGAGGAACAAAACCCACUAAUUCAUUCCAGUCAACUUGCUGUUUUUCUCCAGCAAGAUUUUGGGUAUCUCCGCCAUUUGGAAGCGUUUUCCGGUGACACCGGAGGUCAUUUGGGCGAAGGAGCUGUACUUUCGUGAUGUACUCAUCGAGAGGAUCGUUUUGAUAUAUGCUAUGCAUAUAUUUGUCGACGUUUCCGGUACCGCCACCAACCGCUAUAGUGCACCGCUUGGUUGAGGUUUCGGAACUUGAAAUUUUAAAUAUGGUCAUAUUAUAUGUCAUUGGACACGAUUUUGAAUAAGGAAUGCUAUGAUGAUAAUCGUUUGCUCAUUUGGUGCACGUAGGGAAAACGUUAUAUAUAAAUCGGACUAAAUCAUUCUAAGAUCAUCGAUAAGCUUAGGAGCGUUGCUUUGGGCUCGGAUUAAAUUCUAAGGAGGUAUCUAAAGAGGAAGGGAUUCAACUAGACUAUUGGACUUAUUUUACUCGUAUUAAAUUGCAUUCAACAUAUUCCAAUUUUGAUAUUUAUAAAAUGUUUGAAAAAUUGAAAACUUAACCUGCAUAUUUUCUGAUCUGUUCUGAGGGCACUGAGUGCCAAAUAUAUAUUUUUGUUCACUUAUUUAUGCAGGUUA